GGCUACAGUAGAGGGGACUAACUACAGGUUUCUCGACUCACGCACGCGACGAAGACCGGAAUCGACGCUAGGAAUCUCGGCGGUGACGAUGGCGAUGGCGAUGACGGUUUUGUGUUCAGCUAGUUUCCAUUCAACUUCAGAAUCAGGAGUCGUUACACGUCAGCGGCAAAGUGCAGAAUCUGCUGGCUGUUUAGGAAGAGUGAUGACGUCCCUAGUCUCUCAGAAUGGACAACGAGAGUCCAUUCGCGUUUCUCCUCUUUUGGCACCCGCUUAUGGUUCGAGGCAUUUUCUUGAAUGCACAGAAUCUGAUCUGCAUCAUCUCAGCUCGGCGUCGAACUCUGGACCGCUGAAGAUGGGGUUCGGCUCUGGGAGGUUGAACACGCAUUCCCCCCUCUCCAAGGGGUUCUGCUUCGCGGCGUCGCAGGCCGAAGAUACCGAGGGGAGGAAGAAUCCUUUGCGCUUUUUGCACUGGUUUCGUUCGAAGAGAAGCAUUCUCCUUCCUUCGCGAGACAAAGCGAGAGAGUUAAACUCUGGGUCUGGGGAAAAAGGGAAGUGCAACGUCUAUUAUACUAUGAAGGAGGGUGACACGCUGGACAGUAUUGCGAGCCAGCUCGACGUUCGCAGGCAGUUUGUGAUCGAAGUCAACGAUAUCCCGGACACGACUAACUUGACUCCUGGUCAGGUUCUGUGGAUUCCGCACGUGUACGUAGUGAGGAGGGGUGACACGAUAGAGAGCAUUGCAGACAAGUUCGGCGUACUGAUGUCCAGGCUGGAGGAGAUCAACAACUUUCAGGAACCCGAUUCGAUAUUGGACGGGGAUGCGGUGAUCAUUCCGCCCAUGACCGAUGAGAGCAGGGCUGGAGUGAAAGAGCAUGAGGGAGAGGGAGAGGGAGAGGGAGAGGGCAUUGGUAUGACAACUGGAGAGAGAGGAGGUGCGCCGGAAGGACGUGGAGGCGAUGGGGAAUCGGGACCCCAGGGACGAGGAGGGGAGGGGGGCAGGGGAGGAGAAGGACGAGGCAGGAUGGGAGGAGGAUCGAUAUCUCCCACGACGGAACCAACGGGUACCGCAGGGCAGGGAGGAGGGGGGGCAACUUCCAAGACGGGAACGACGGGGAGGGGUCCCACAGGGCAAGGAGGAUCGACAUCUCCGACGACAGGUACCGCAGGCGGCUAAGGGGAAGGAGGAGUUGAGCGGGGGGGCGCGUCGACCUCCGGAGCGAGGGGGGAUCGAGCGCAAGAACGUGG